AUGUCUGAUUCCAGCCAAUACAGCCAAGGCAGCCAAAGCAGCGCCCCACAGCAGCAACUUCGCCGACCUGCCUCGCCCACUCAAGACCGCCCACCACAUGAGAUUGUGCGCCCUCGCUUGGAGGAGUCAGCAACACGCGAGGCAGUUCGAGCCGCAGACCAGUUGCAGCCAGCCGAGCAGCCAGCCGAGCAGCCAGCCAACGAGCGAGCCAACGCGCCAGUCAACGAGCCAGCCAGGCAAGGUGGCCAGCAAGCCAACGAGCCAGACAACGAGCGAAGACUCAACACAGAGAUCGCUCGAUUGAACGUUCGUAUUGAGCAGAACGAAACUCGACUCAGGCGCUACGAGCAAGAUGCUGCAGCCGCCCGGAAUGCAGAACAAGAACAACUGGCUCUGCAGUAUGAGGCAGACGCGCGACAGAUCCUGGCAAUCAUCGGGAGCGCAACCGCUGAUCUGGCAACGACUCGUCAACGACUGUUCGCCCUGACCCCAGCCCCAGCCCCAGCCCCGCGUCAAUUGCCCAAUGACAACUCGCUUGUCAAAUUUUGGCGAGCCCUUCAAGACGACCAAGUGACCGAGCGGGUCUUUCGAUUGGAUCCUGUCACCAACCAGAUGGUCGAGGUGAAUGGUGACCCAGACCAGCCGCUUCAACCCAAUGAGACGAGGUUCUUGACGCUGCCUGACGGGGUGUUCUGGCUGGGGAACUACUUGCUGGGGUCAGUCCUCAUGGUCCGCAGCUGCUACUAUGGACUUUUCGACGCAAUCACCAACCCAUCUGCGAAUCCUGCGCAAAAAAACGGGCGUAUUGUCACCGGCAAUCCAGGCAUUGGCAAGACCUUCUUUUCGGCAUACUUUGUCUAUCGCUUGUUUCAGCAACACCGUCCGCUGACUGUGGUGUACGAGCCUGCAGUGAAGCCAACCACGGACAGAUACCUUCUUCAAACGGAUGGGAAUGUGUUGCUGGGCACUUUCGACAGCUUCCGAGACAUCCUUCAGAACCGUCGCCCCAACGUCUGGUACCUUGUCGAUGGCCACGCACCUGGUUUCUACAAUGCCUACACCCUGCUCGUCACACCACUAUGCCGCAAAAUUUACAAGGAGCUCGAGUACACCUCCUAUCCCAUGAUGUCCAUGCCAGUGUGGUCGUGGGACGAGCUUCUUGCAUGUAUGCGCCAGCUAAACCUGGAUCUAGAGCAAGUGCAAGCUGCCGAGGAGCGGUUUCAUCGUUGGGGCGGCAUCGCACGACAUGUGCUCAAUCGUGCUAUGACUCUGGAGACGGCCGAACGGUAUUUACAGCAGGCGCUUCAGGGUCGCACGGUCGCGGCUAUUCGCGACGCCGUGGGUCAGAUCGCCGGAGAGCAGGAUGUAUCACACCGAAUCCUUCACAUCGCUCUCACAUCUGGGCCCGAAUCGUUCCUGCUGCACCACACCCGCCUCGUGUUUGCGUCUGACUGGGUGGCCGACCAAUUUUUGGAUCGUGCGUAUGAAGCCGAGCGCGAAAACCUGAUCAACUUUUUACGUGCGUCUGCCGCGUUUGGAGAGACUGCGGCGCUUCGCGGACAUCUGCUUGAGAGGUUCGCCCAUCGUCUCAUCUGUCAGGGUGGCACUUUCCGAAUUCGUAACUUGUCCAACGCCCAAGCGCCUGAGUCCUCUCUGACCAUUCCGCAGCUCACAUAUGUCCGCUUUCACAAACUUGACGACGUUGAUCUCCAUCUUCAGAACCGUUACUUUCGUCCAUCCUCCGGCAACCAUCCGGCCUUCGACGCCAUCAUUUCGCCUCACACGUUCCUGCAGAUGACCGUCAGUCAAGACCAUCCUGUCAAAGCGCAACGAUUGAGCGAGGCCAUUCAACGUAUGCCAGCUGAUCGCGUUCCCCAACUGUACUUUGUGGUGCCCGCAGAUAUUUUCGAGACUUUUCGGCCGCAGCCCUACCACACUACCGAUGGUCACGUGUUUCAGAAUAGACAGGCAAUACCUGCAAAUGUCCAGCGCGUUCAGCAAUUUGCUUUGUGUAUUUCCUUCACACCCAGGAUACCCCCGACCCCUGCAAUCCGCUGAUCCCACCAAUUUGACAUUGUUUCCUGUCGCAUUAAAUAAAGCGCAUUCAAAGAGA